AUGGAAGAUGGAAACGUGUCCUCUAACUGCUCCAUCAGCAUGUUCAAACACAGAGUCUACCCACCCAUAUACCUCGUCAUCUUCCUCCUCGGCCUCACCUUCAACCUCGUCUCCCUCUGCUUCUUCGUCAGUGUCUGGAGGAGUAAGAAAAGGUUUACUCCUGUCAACCUGUACAUGGUCAACCUGCUGGUGUCAGACUUGAUGCUGGUGUGCUCCCUGCCACUCCGGGCCUUCUACUACUUCAUGGAAUCUAGCUGGGUGUUUGGAGACAUCGCCUGUCGAGUUAUGUCCUACAUCUUCUACAUCAACAUGUACGGGAGCAUCUACUUCCUCAUGGUGCUGAGUGUGGUUCGUUUUGUGGCAAUCACCCAGCCGUACAGGUAUAUGAGCAUGCAGAAUAGCCGUAAUUCCUGGCUGGUGUGUAUUUUAGUCUGGCUGCUGGUGUCGCUAGCCUCCAUCCCUAUGCUGACUUCAGGGACCGUCAUAGAUGCUUCUGGUAGAACCAGGUGCUUGGAGCUUAAUCCAGAAUACAAACUCAUUCACAUCCGCACGCUGAUCAUCGCUAACCAUGCCACCUUACUUCUGGGCUUCAUUGUGCCCUUUGCAGUGAUCUCUAUCUGUUAUAUAUUUGUGGUGCGUAGCCUGCUGAAGCUGAGGAAGUUUGAAGGAAGGACGAAACACCACUUCAAGAAGUCCAUGUCCCUAGUUGUAAUAGUCCUUAGCAUCUUCCUGGUGUGUUUCCUGCCCUACCACGUCAUGCGGACUGUCUUCCUGGAAGCUGAGAUGCAGGUGAGGGAUAAAGGGUAUGGAGAUUCCUGUAGGUACAUAGAGCGUGUACGCCAAGCAGCUGUGAUCACUCUGUGUCUCGCAGCGGGGAACAGCUGCUUGGACCCACUCCUUUAUUUCUUCGUUGGAGAGAACUUCAGGGUUUUCUGUCAGGGUGCUUACAAGGAGAUGGAGGCAAAGUCAUUGGCUAAGACGGAGGGAAAGAGGAAGGUUCCGACGACAGAGCUACAGGAAGGGACACGUCCGACGACAGAGCUACAGGAAGGGACACGUCCGACGACAGAGCUACAGGAAGGGACACGUCCGACGACAGAGCUACAGGAAGGGACACGUCCGACGACAGAGCCACAGGAAGGGACACGUCCGACGACAGAGCUACAGGAACUGAAUACUCAAAACAGCUCCAGAUCUGAUAGUUAG